AUGUCUGUUCAGAUAUUCAAAGACCAAGUUGAGGAAGAUAGAGCUGAGAAUGCUCGUUUGUCUGCAUUUGUUGGAGCAAUUGCUGUGGGUGAUUUAGUUAAAUCGACGUUGGGUCCAAAAGGAAUGGACAAGUUGUUACAAAGUGCUAGUAACCCCGACCACUCGAUCGUCACCAAUGAUGGAGCCACUAUUUUAAAGUCUAUACCAUUUGAGAAUCCAGCAGCUAAAGUAUUAGUCAAUAUAUCCAAAGUACAAGACGAUGAAGUAGGUGAUGGAACAACUUCAGUCACCGUUCUCAGUGCUGAAUUAUUGCGGGAAAGUGAAAAAUUGAUUGACCAAAAAAUACACCCUCAAACCAUAAUUGAAGGUUUCAGAAUUGCAAGAAAACAUGCAAUCGAUGCAUUGGAUAAAAAUGCAGUCAAUAACGGGUUAGAUCCAGCAAAAUUCAGAUUGGAUUUGUUGAAUAUCGCCAAAACGACCUUGUCUUCAAAAAUCUUGUCACAAGAUAAAGAACAAUUUGCAACUUUGGCUGUAGAUGCAAUCUUGAGAUUGAAGGGAUCGACCAACUUGAACAAUAUUCAAAUAAUCAAGAAAGUGGGUGGGAAAUUAUCUGAUUCAUACUUGGAUGAAGGAUUCAUUUUGGAGAAAAAGUUUGGAGUAGGCCAACCAAAAAAAAUUGAAAAUGCCAGAAUACUUAUAGCAAAUACAUCAAUGGAUACCGACAAAGUCAAAAUAUUUGGUGCCAAGUUCAAAGUUGAUUCGACUUCUAAAUUGGCAGAAUUGGAAAAGGCAGAAAAAGUCAAGAUGAAAACCAAGGUUGAUAAAAUUAAGAACUACGAUAUUAAUGUUUUUAUAAACCGUCAAUUGAUUUAUGAUUAUCCUGAACAAUUGUUUACCGAUUCCAAAAUUAACACCAUUGAACAUGCUGAUUUUGACGGUGUUGAAAGAUUGUCCUUGGUUACGGGCGGAGAUGUUGUUAGUACUUUUGACAAUCCUAGCACUACAAAAUUGGGUCGUUGUGAUUCCAUCGAGGAAAUUUUAAUUGGUGAAGAUCCAUUUUUGAAAUUCUCUGGAGUUGCUGCCGGAGAAGCUUGUACUAUUGUCUUACGUGGUGCUACUGAUCAUGUGUUGGAAGAGGCUGAAAGAUCAUUGCAUGAUGCGUUGUCGGUAUUGUCGCAAACUACCAAAGAUACCAAAACUGUAUUGGGUGGAGGCUGUUCUGAGAUGCUCAUGGCUAAAGCCGUUGACGAGGCUGCAGCCAACGAGACUGGCAAAAAAGCCCUUGCUAUCGAAGCCUAUAGUCGAGCUUUGAGACAACUACCUAUCAUUUUGGCAGAUAAUGCCGGAUAUGACUCAAGUGAGCUUGUUACAAAGUUGAGAUCUGCUAUAUAUAAUGGAAUUUCAACGUCUGGAUUAAACUUGAAUGAGGGUAUUGUUGCUGAUAUGAGAGAAUUGGGUGUUGUAGAGAGCUACAAAUUGAAAAGAGCAGUUGUCAACUCGGCAACUGAAGCAGCUGAAGUGCUAUUAAGAGUAGAUAACAUUAUCCGUGCCAAGCCUCGUACUGCCGAUAGAAACCACUAG